AUGCGCCUUCUUAUUAUCUCUGCACUCGCUCUCGUAGCCUCCCCCUCCACUGCUACAGUCAUAUCCCGCUCGGACUAUGGCUACUGGGACUUCUCCGGAUCUGCCACUUUUCCUGUCAGCGGCUACACAUCUUACAGUGUCGACGUGAUAUAUCACAACAGCCAGCUCGACGCACCUAUUGAGGUGACUUGCAGCUACCUUUACAACCCACGGGAUAAGACCGAAACUGCUUCGUGCUCAGAUUCGAGUUUUACAUACGACUUUGGUAACGUCCGGCAGGCGAACACCAUUGCGAAUGUGACAUUGUCGCAGACUGUUGAGCUCUUGGGAAGCAGUGUUACCAUCAGAGGCACAAAGGAGUUUGAUUUUGAUUUCAGUGGUGGAGCUGGGUUCACAGGAAAAGCUGCAGGCAUCAUCAAAGCUCAGACUGAGACGGCAUGA